AGCUUCGCUAUUCUAGCCUGUGCCAAGUGACCAAACAUGGAGGGAGAGAUCAGCAACUUCAUGACGGUCUGGACCUUGGUGGUUAUCUCGCUCACCUACUGCCACACCAUCUCUAAGACCGUCCCUGCCGGAACGAGGAGGCUGUUGGCCAUUUCGCCGGUCAUCGUCCUCUUCUUCAUCCUCCCUCUUAGCCUCACCGCCAUCUCCCUCGGAGGCCUCACCUCGUUCUUCAUCGCUUGGCUCUGCAACUUCAAGCUCAUCCUCUUUGCCUUCGGCAAAGGACCGUUGUCACCUAGCCGGUCUUGCUCUUUGGCAUACUUCAUUCCCGUCGCCUGCCUUCCCAUUAAGAUUCACAACCCAGUUGAGAGCACCAAAAAGGAAGAGGGCCCGUGUUCGGAGAUCAACGAGAGAGGACUCAAAUCGCCCAUGAAUUACGUCGUCAAGUGCCUGGUGAUAGUUGCCUUUUUGCCUGCCUAUGAGGGGAAGGUUCGAGUUCAUCCGGUGAUCCUCAACUUGAUGUAUUUGGUGCACGUAUACGUGGGGCUGGAGGUGUCCCUGGCCGUGGUUGGAGCCAUGGUCCGAGCACUUACUGGCAUUGGGCUUGAGCCGCAAUUCGAAGAGCCGUACCUCUCGACCUCACUGCAGGACUUCUGGGGAAGGAGAUGGAACCUCAUGGUCACCAAUAUACUCCACCCUGCCGUGUAUUUACCUGUUAGGUCCAUUUCCAGCCGUUUGAUCGGGAGGAGGUGGGCCGCCCUGCCAGCAUCAUUUGCCUGCUUCCUGGUCUCGGCGCUCAUGCACGAGCUCAUUUUCUACUACAUCGGACGUAAGGAGCCGAGGUGGGAGGUCACCUCCUUCUUCCUCUUGCACGGCCUCUGCGUGGCCGCCGAGAUCGCAGCCAAGAAAGCACUCGCCGGCAGAUUCCACCUGCCGAGGGCGGUGUCGGGAGCGAUGGCGGUCGGUUUUAUCCUCGCGACGGCAUUAUGGCUGUUCCUGCCGGCCCUAUUGUGGUGCGACGCGGAGGACAAGGCGCGGAGAGAGGCCACUGCGGUCGUGGACUUUGUGAAGAGGACUUGGAGCGUCCUGGGAUACAGCUCCAUCAUGAAAGCGAGUAGGUGAUGGUAUUGAUUGUAGACUUGACGUGCAUCCGAGAUAUAAUUGAUGUUGAUUAAUAGCGAUAUAAAUGGUUCUUUUAGCUAAUUGUCAUCAAUUAAUAUCAGUCAUGUAAGGUAGAAUGGUCA